AUGAAUAACAGAGGCAAUGAAUUAGAAAAGCAUUUACUCACAAGAUGUUAUGAUAAACAAGAUAGAAUAAUUGAACUAUUAACUUCACGAUAUUCCAUAACCGGAGAUCAAAAACCAACCAUAGUAUUCGGUCAAUCAUCAGACUCAACCACCAAUAAACCAAAAUCGCUUCUUCAUCAAGAACAAUCAUCCCAAUCCAACAUCACCCCAGAAAGGAAACAAUCCACCCGAAGGGAUCUUAAGCUAUACAUUCAAACCACACUCAAGAAUCAAAAGAAACUAAUCAAACGAAUCCAAUCCUAUAAUCGAAAACCAACCAAGACAGCUAACCCAUUCCCAUUCCAGAAAAUGAUCUUACAUUAUAACAUCCCCCAAUUCGACAAUUUCAGAACCAUAAACGCCCUCUGGCAGAAAUAUAUCCAAGACCUUCUAUUUCCUCAAUCUCAACAAAAUAAUCUUGCCAUGGCUAAUAUUUUACCCAAAUUGGCUACUGCUGAUUAUAAUGGAUGUUUAGUUACUGUAUUACAAUCGAGAAAUCGGAAUUGUGUUGGGAUGAGGGGGAUAGUUGUUUGGGAUGCCCAGCAUUCGUUCAUAAUUGUGGUUCCUAAUGGACGAGAUUGUAAAGAGUGGAAAGAAGGGGGAGAAGGGGGAGAUGUUAGUGUGUCUGAAAUGGUGGGUGGGUUGAGGGUUGUGCCCAAGAAGCAUACAUUGUUUGGAUUUGAUGUUAUUAUACCUAAGAAGAAGAGGACAGAAACCAAAGAAGGGCAAGAGGAGGUAGAGGAAGAAGAAGAAGAUGAUGAAUGUAUUGGGUUUACUAUCCUUGGAUCAAGGUUUGAGUUUAGAAGUGUCGAUAGGUCAGGGAAAAAGUUCAAGAAUCAUUCAGUUGAUGAUAUUCUAUAA